AUGGCGGACAAAUGUUGUGAUACUGAUAUGUGGUUCUUAGUAAACGCGUUAGAAAAGCUGUCUUCCGUUCCCCCAUUGUGGCCUGAUACAGCCAAAAACUUUACAGUUACAUGGCGUAAUGAAAACUUAGCGGUUCAAGCUAGUUCACCGUUUGAAUCAGCGACGAAGUUUACGUUUUGUUUGAACGAAUUUGGAUAUUUAUCAUCGGAUUCUGUUAUGUCAUCCGAAAUCGAAGUUCUGGAUGAAAACAGCGAUAAGUAUAUUUAUAAUGUUAUCCUACAUGAUAACAUACCAUCUAUUGAAUUGAAUUUUGUGUUAAAAAACACUACAUCUCGUUACGAUUUGAAUGAUGACCCUUCAAGUACGGUGAACACACCAAGUAUUGUUGAUUUAGAAAGGGACGAACUUAUAGACAAUACUUUGAAGCACUAUUUUGGUUUUACUGGGUUUCGUCCUUUACAAAGAGAAACAAUAGUUGCCACAAUGAAAGGCGAUGACGUUUUAACCGUUGUGGGGACAGGUGGUGGUAACUCUUUGACUUAUCUCUUGCCUGCUGUUAUAUCCGAAAAGACAACGUUUGUUAUUGCUCCUACAAAGUCACUUAUAGAUGACAUAAUUGAUUCAUGUGGACGUUUGAAGAUUUCCUCGUGUAAAUUUACUACUGGGGACAUCCCGAAGGAAGUACAAGAGAGUCAGCUGCUUAACUUACCAGAAUUUAAAGUUGUUGUGGUUACUCCUGAAAUGCUGGAAGAGGGUGAACUUAUUAAUGCGUUAUAUCAGUUGAUUGAGAAAGAGAAGCUUGAAAGAAUUGUGUUUGAUGAGGCACAUACUAUUGUCAGUUGGGGAAAUACAUUUCGCCCUGUUUAUAAACAAGUGUGUGAGAAGCUGGCUAAUAUCAUAGUUCCCAAGUUAUUACUGAGUGCAACAGUAACUGGUAAGCUAGAGGCUGAACUGAAAACGAUUUUCAGUGCUUUAACUGUUCUGAGAACAUCAGUUUUUCGAGAAAACCUUUUCUUAGAAGUGAAAGAACGAACAAACAAGUUUUACGAUGAAGUGAAGGAUUUUAUUUUGGAACAUAAAAAUGAAAGUGGGAUUAUAUAUUGUGUUUUGCCAAAAGAUGUUGCAACAGUUCAUGCGGAACUUUUGAAAAGGGGGGUGGAAUCUGUUAAAUAUCAUGGGCAGUUAUCUGAAGAUGUUCGAGUGAGUAACCAUACCAAAUGGUUCAACGACGAGUGUCAUGUUAUUGUUGCAAAUUCGUCAUUUGGAAUGGGGAUUGACAAAAAAGAUGUCCGAUACAUUAUCCAUGCACGCAUGCCAACAAGCUUAGAGGAGUAUUAUCAACAAUGCGGACGUGCUGGUCGAGAUAAAUUGCCCUCGAAGUGUAUUUUAUUCUAUAGUUAUGGUGACAAAAAUGCCCUUGUCAAGCUUUUUCAAAGAGAAGCAGACCCAAAUGAUCAAGUUUCAACAUUGAACGAGUUAGUCAACUUUUUGGAAGACCCAGUGCAAUGUCGUCACAGAAGUCUUAUGAUUUUCUUUGGUGAAAGUCUACAGGACUUCAUGUGUGGAGUAAUUAAAUUUUGUGAUAAUUGUUGCAACCGUGGUGAAUUCUAUGUCACAGAUGGGACAUCAGAUGCUUUGAAGGUGGUCCAGACAAUAGUAGAAUUGACAGGACGUGUAUUUAUAUGCAACACUUUGAAACUUUUUUUGGCAAGAAGUCGGCAAAAAAUUAUAAAGGAACAAGAAUUGGAUGUGUUGUCAAAUUUUGGUUGCCUUGAAAAACGUUUCAUACCAACAGUUUUACUGGACAAGUUUUUGCAUAGCCUUAUAUAUUUUGGUAUUUUAGCAGAAAUACCACAGAAAUAA